AUGGCUACUCUCAGCGUUCUCACAUUUGACCCUGAGGGCCGUCCGAUCCAAUUCGAUACUGCGAAUCGCUCACAUUGGCUUACCCGUGAUGCUGCUGCUCGCCUAGCCGCUCGCAACCACCUGCCGUUAGCCGAACACGCUCACUUUCACCAGCUCCAGACUGCUAAAGCCCUGUACGAUGCUGUAGUCGCUCGUUACUCCUCCCCUGCCUCUGCUGCUCUCGGCCGCCUUAUACUGUCCUACCUUUUCCCCGAGCUGUCCGCCUUUGCCACACUCGAUGACCUCCUUACCCACCUUUGCACUAGCGACACUCGCUACCGCGCCGCGCUUAAAGCCGAGUUCCUAGACAAGAACCCGCCCUCGAUGUACAUCACUCUCUACUUCAUUGUCACCCGCCUCCCUGACUCUCUUCGCGCAGUCAGGGACCACUUUCUCGCUCUUGACACCACAGACCUCAUUGUUGACAAGCUCGAGAAGCACCUCCUUGCAGCUGAGACUAGCAUAGUCGCUGUAGGUGCUGCUCGCGACACUCCUCGCACUCUCUUAUUUGAGGGGUGUUCCCCAUCCCCCCUUGCCCCCUCCUACGCUUCUGCUGCUGCUGUUGACUUCCUUGGUGCUGAGGAGGUCGGGGCUGCGUCUGCUCCUAGUGGGAGGCGCCGCAGCGGCAAAGGCAAGGGAGGCAAGAGUGGUGGACGUGGCGGCGGGGGAGGCGGUGGUGGAGGUGGUGGAGGCGGUGGAGGUGGCUGUGGUGGCGGUGGGAGUGGUGGCGGGAGUGAGGGCGUCGGCAGCAGCGGUGGUGGCAGUAGUGAGAGUGGUGGCAGCGGUGGUGGCGGUAGUGGGAAUGGUGGCGGCGGUGGUGGCGGUAGUGGGAGUGGUGGCGGCGGCAGUGGUGGCGGUCGGGGUGGAGCCGUUCAGAGGGGAGGUUCUGGCGGUGGCCAGAGGCAGUAG